CGCAGCAGCAGAGCAGCAUUGACCAACAGAGUCCCAACCAGGGACAGACAGGUUUAGCGACAUCCCCUGUCCCCGCCGCGCACCGCAGCAGGACCCGGACUCUGACAAAAGGAGGGAAAAAAGUGCUCUUCUUGUUCUUAUUUGAAGCUCUGCUCCAACCAUAGAAGCGCUUUUAACAGGGAACUUUGGUCCUCUGAGCUGCGGUCACAGGAGCAUGAGAGCCCGGCGCGUGGAGAAGCACAUCCAGCCUAAACUUUACAAGUCUCUGUUUCAAUAAGAAGCUGAAAACUAAACAAUUUUUAAUGGACUAAAAUCAUUUUUUUUAUCUAAAUUUUAUUAGUGACUGGUAUUAAAAAGAGCAGAAAAGCAGAACAGAAGACGUGGAUGUAUUUGUAGUCAUGGAUGUAACAGUUUACCCUCCUCCUCCUCAGCCUCUGUCCGCCUCAGACCCCUCCAGGCUGGGGCAGCUCUCCUACCCUGACCCGGCUUUUGGGACCAACAAGCUGGAUGGGGACACCAUGUUCCUGGGUAUGCCAGAAGCAGGCCUCGACUUCCCCUCCACCAAUCAGUUUCGUGUGCCGCAGCCCCCACACCCGCUCAGCAAGGUGACGCCACAGAACCCGGCAUCACAGCAGUGGCGGAGGGACCCUCACAUGGCCGACGGUCAUCGUCUGCCCUGGUCGUAUUCGAUGAACGGCUUCAGUGAUGAGGAUUUCAACAUCCCACCCAUAACUCCACCAACUUUGCCAGACCACAUGCUGCCCCCUCACCUUCCCCAUGAUGCGUCCCCCAGACAAUAUCAGUCCAUGGAGCCCCCGCCCACCUCGGCUGCUAACCACACCUACCAGCUGCAGGGCAUGGACCUACCCGGCGUUUCUGUGGGCCAGGAUGGAGCCGCUGGGCUGAACCGCGACAGAGAGUCGUUCAGCCCGGAUGGCGGACCCAUGACCAGUACUCUCUCUGUGAUGCAGCAGAUGGUGAACUCAGAUUCUCGAUUUACCAGCAGCCAGCAGCCAAUCAAAGCAGCACUUGGACCAAGGAGCCAAUCAGGCUUGAGCCAACAGAACCAGCUGUCCACUAUCAACCAAUCUCAGCUGGGGCUAAAUGGGAACCCUGCUACCCAUAAUUCCCCUUCACCUCCUGGAAGUAAAUCCACCACGCCGUCCCCUCCCAGCUCAGCCCAUGAGGAUGACAACGAUGAUGGAGUCAGGGGAGAAAAGCGGCCUGCUGCAGUGGACAUCUCAAAGAAACCCAAAACACCAAAGAAGAAGAAGCGAAAGGAUCCCAACGAGCCAGUGAAGCCGGUGUCAGCCUACGCCUUGUUCUUCAGGGAUACCCAGGCCAACAUCAAGGCUCAAAACCCCAACGCCACCUUCGGAGAGGUCUCAAAGAUUGUGGCCUCCAUGUGGGAUGGCCUGGGAGAGGAACAGAAACAGGUGUACAAGAAAAGGACAGAAACAGCCAAGAAGGAAUAUCUGAAGCAACUGGCUGCCUACAGAGCAAGUCUGGUCUCACAGAGUUAUAAUGACCCAUCGGAGAUGAAAGCCCCUCACUCUGCCUCCAACUCUUCCCCCUCUCCUACCUCAAUGUUCACACCCAAACCUUCAGUUUAUCCUGGUCACCCAGGUCAGCACUCCUCCCCCGGCUCAAUCACCCACCCUCACUCUCUCCCUCCCCACCAGCACCCAGGCAUGUACAUGCAGUACACCCACCCGUCACACCCCUCCCACUGCUCAAGCCCCGGGCUCGGCCCGCACAUACCCCCUGGUCACCACCAGAUCCAUCCCCAGCUUCAGGCUCUGUCCUCCAGGGGGACAGUGCCACGGGCCAGCGUCCCCCAUCAGGGAGCCCUGUCCCUCAGCAAUGUGGCAGCGGCGUCCACCCCUCCUCUCCAGGUCAGCCCUCCUCUUCACAGUCAGGCGCAUCUGGGAGGGCUGCACAGCCCGCACCACCAGCACCAGCAUCUCAGCGGGCAUUCUCUGGGAAUGACACACUCCCCUGCCAUCACACAGGGCUAUCAUCCUUCUCUCCAGUCUGACUACCAAUCGAUGGGUGGAGGUAUGCUGAAUAGUGGAGCAGUAAUGUCUUCAUCGAUGGAUUACCACCAACUGGGUCGUCAUACACCGAACCACCACCCCUCCUUGGAGUGGAGCACCGAGUACCAUGGCAAUGGAAGUCUUCAGAGAGACAAACCCUUGUAUCUGAGCUAAUCUCAGGACAAAAUGGCACCAAAUAUGGACCCUUCUACUGCCCCAACGGGAACUCCAGGAUAGAGUCUUGACUCAACCCAAAUAAAAUCUCCUAUGACAAAUGGACACGCAGUGGACUUGUCAUCAAAGUGUGAAGUAAAACUUGAAUUCAGCACUUAGAAAAAAAGAAAAAAAAACCUUGCAGCAGAAGAAAAUCGAAUGAGCUUGUAUAUAUUUCCAUUAUCUCUUAAAAGUAUAACAGUGUUUACAAAGUGACGCAGACAUCUGUUAUUGGCUGUAUCACUCACUGUGUCAUUGUUCCCAUUUCUGCUGAAAACUAGUAUAUGAAUGGAAAGAGGUGAUCCUGUGCUGUGAACCACGCUGACUGGUGUACAUACUCCCAACAUUUGAAUAGUUUCCGUCAUUACAGACGUUUUUCAUACAUAGUUUCUUGUUUUUACUGAGCAUGGUGUUUAUAAUCAGCACCAGAAGGUUGUGUAGAUCAUGUGUAAAUUGCUGUAACAUAGUUGGUUAAAUGGACCAUUUAAAGCCAGCCUCUGUGUUUUCUUUUGGACUCAAAGUCGCUGUGUGUCCCUACAGUCAAAACCAAAAGAGCACAUCAUUCAAAACAUGAUAUAAACCAAAUAUUACUUCAGUUGUGUUUCCCUCUAUUGACCCUUAAAUCAAUUAUACAAAUUAAAGACCCGAUUUAUGUUGCUUAAAUAAAGAUAAACAAGAGAGCAACCCCUUAAACUUUUCUUUCCUCUUUUAAUAAGGCUCUAAAUGUGAAUAAAUGUUAAAAUUAAAUAACCUCGAUUGUUUUCUUGAAGUAAUUUGAAGUUUUUCUGCCCUAAAAUGACAAAAUGUUAAACAUUUUUCUGUAAAAAAAAAAAAAAAA